AAGGAUAUUGAAGGUCAUUUGCGCUUAUGAUUUUCACGUUCCUUCAAAUCUCCUAAAACCUCUGCAACACUGGUAGAAAUUUUGAUCUUAUCCACUUCCAUGACUUCUGAGAAUAGGGUUUUGCACAAGUAACGAUCUUAUCCACUGAUAUUUGAGUUUUUUAUCCCAAGAAAAUGGAAUUUUUUAAUUAUCUUUCAUUUUCCCCUCUUUAUGAAAAAUUGCAGUGAGGAAGGUUAUGCUGGAUACAUUUUCAACUCUUACUCUGUUUUCCUUCUUAAAUGCCAACAGAAUAAGUACUAGUAUUAGUUCACAGUUCUGUAAAAGAUCUUGAAGAGGGCCUUUUUUUUGGGGUAAAAAUAAUUGCAUCAAGCAACCAAGACUACCCCAAGCGGGGAUUACAAGGAAGCCAAAGCCUCUGCCUCCUCAGCUGUCAAAAUAUUCAAGAUCCCUUGAGGAAGCUUAAUUACAAGACAGGCGUCAAAGAACAAAUCUUUUUUGUAAAUUGAAAGAAAAUUUAGCCAUAGAAUCUGCCAACUUGUUGGCUUCCUAACAUCCCAAUCUAACUUAAUCUAACUUCCAGUCCCUUACUUUGUCGAGUGCCUUGAAUGCAUUAGCGUUGCAGAGUUUAGUGAUUUGAAGGAGCGUGAGAAUGAUGGAUGCAAAUGACCUUCAAUACCCUUGUCGAGGGCCACCUGACUUUCACGUGCAUCUUCUGCUAAUCAAUUGGAUGAAAAGUUAAUUUUGUCCUUGCGGCGAACAGUUUGACAGUUUGAAUGGGUUUAGGGAUUAAAUUGUCACGGAAAAUACUUUGGACUUAACUGAUUCUUUUGCUGAAAAUAGUUUAGGGACUUAACUUAUUCAAUGCGUAUAGUUUAGGGAUUUGGCAUGAUAUUAUUCCAAAAAAAAUAAAGAAAAAAAUAGUCCGAGGCCGAUACCUGCAAUGUCCGAGGCCGCAGGUGUUUUUGUCCUUCCAAGUUGGAAUGAUGUUGGAUUCUGUUACUGUCACUGUGAAGGAAGCUGGAAGGCCAGAGUUGAGGAUCUCUAAUUUUCAUCCGACUUCUCAGCCACUUCUACACUAACAGUGACCUCAAAUUCUAUCAACCCCUUUGAUGGCAACGACGCAGAUAGCUGAAGUUCAUCCACUAAAUCCAAUAGCCCUUAGUAUGGUAAAUGUCUUCCUUCUGCUAUCUUUGAUAUUCUGUUUGAUAGGCUGGCUUGUGGUGAUGUGGUGGACUGCCUGCGAGGAAACAAACUCAGUGAUCAGCUCAUCAACAAUUUGAAGACCGUUCUAUCGGCUGUUGAUGCCGUGCUUGAUGAUGCAGAGGAGAAGCAAAUCACAAAUCCAAAUGUCAAGCAGUGGCUGGACGAGCUUGUAGAUGCUUGAUAUCCUGGAUGAGACUGCAACUCAUGCUUUGCAAUCCAAGAUGGAACUUGGAUCAGGAACAAAAUCGAAUUUAGAUUCACUUCAAACUACGUCAAAAGAGAGGUUGACGGAAAGGAAAUUCUUGAUUGUUCUAGAAGGUAUGUGGAAUGAAAAUUAUGUCAAUUCGGAGAACAUGAGUAGACCUUUUAAACAUGGGGAUCAAGGAAGCAUGGUUCUUGUGACAACACGCAAUGAAACUGUCGUAAAUAUCAUGCGCACUGCUCCAAUAUAUUGUCUUGAGCACUUAAGAGAUGAAGAUUGUUGGCAACUGUUUUACAAGCAUGCAUUUGACAACGAAGAUUUAAAUGCAUAUCCAGACUUGGUAACAAUUAGUAGAAGAGUUUUUGAAAAGUGCAAGGGCUUGCCCUCAGCCGGUUAGCCGUGGAAACACUUGGAGGCCUCUUGUGCUAUAGACUAGAUGUUGUAAAUGGAAAAGAAUAUCAGUGAAUGAGAUUCGGGAUUUUUCAGAUAAUACGAGCAAUAUUCUACCAGCUUUGAGGUUAAGUUACAUUGUCUUCCUUCACGCCUAAAGGCAGCAAAUGGUCUUAUUAUGGAUGAAAGAAAAUCUUCUGCAACAAGCAAGGAGAAAUAAGAGAAUGGAUGAUAGAAGAGAUGAAUGUUUUAAUGAGUUGGUGUCUAGGUCAUUUUUUUAAAGAUUGAAUAGUGCAAAAGAUUCUUGCUUUGUCAUGCAUAAUCUUGUUCAUGAGUUAGCCAAAUAUGUAUCCAGGGAAUAUUGUUUUACAUUUGAAGAGGGCAACUACAAGGAAGAUAUGAUGAAGGUGCGUCACCUAGUUGUUUCAACGUCUGUUUCCUUGAAGAGGUUUAAUUCUAUUCUGAUGCAACUUGCUUGCAUACGUUUUUACCAUUGUCUGAAUAUUCAUUUUGCAACUUAACUAAUUAAUUAGUGAAUAAUAUUAUAUUGAAGUUGAGGUGUUUGAGAGUA